GAACAGGUUCACACUUCUGCUCUCUCUCUCUCUCUCUCUCUCUCUUUCUCUCUCUUUCUCUCUCUCUCUUUCUUUCUUUCUCUCUCUCUCUCUCCCCCUCCACUCCCUCCAGCAGCAGCCCGCUGUUAGUAAUAUCUGAGCGGACUUAGGUGCGACAUGAACGGGCCUCAGCUCAGUGACCUCCCGGACGAGUCGGAGUUACUCGGGCCGUAUGUGAGCAGCCUGAGGCGGAGAGCGCUGCAGGCCGGCGAGCUGUCCGCUGUCAGGACGUUCUCCGACGGCUUUCUCAUGAAGUUUCUUCGGGCCAGAGACUUUGACGUGGAGCUCUCUCUGAAGCUCUUGUUGAACUACCAGCGGUGGCGGAGAGAAAGUCCAGAGAUCAGCACCUGUCUGUCGCCCUCCUCGGUGCUCGGCCUCCUCAACACGUCGUACCAUACCACCCUCCCACAGCGAGACCACACUGGCAGCAGGGUGCUCAUCUACAGGAUUGCGCAGUGGAAUCCAAAAGACUGGUCGGCCUUCCAGGUGUUCAGGGUCAGCCUGAUGACGUCAGAGAUCAUCUCCAUGGAGACAGAGACACAGAGGCGGGGUCUGAAGGCCAUAUUUGACCUGCAGGGGUGGACUCUAGGCCACGCCCUGCAGAUUACCCCUUCCCUUGCCAGAAAGAUAUCCUCUGUACUUUCGGACUCUUUUCCACUGAAAGUCAGAGGAAUACAUCUGGUCAAUGAGCCGAUGUUCUUCCGGCCGGUCUUCUCCAUGAUCCGUCCCUUCCUGCCAGAUAAGAUUAAACAGAGGAUCCACAUGCACGGUGCAGAUUUCCAGGAAACUUUGAGUGACUUCUUCUCACCGCACGUCUUGCCUCCAGAAUAUGGAGGCGAGGGGCCAGAAAUAGAACAGGUGUGCCAGGACUGGACCAAACAGCUGCUUCAAUCAGAGAAUCUCCUGCAGCAGAUUGCCGACCACCCAACAGGUGACAUCGCUGUCACUGAUGGCCUCUAGAUCAUGGAGCAAGUGGAGGUCGAACAAUUGCCAGAGGGAUGAUGAAUGGAAUGUGGCCCCUUGGAUCAUGCACACCAACAGAUGUUUUUUAUACUCUGGAUCAAACGCCUCAAUAAGCUAUCUGGUGGCCAUUUCUGAAAUCUUUAACUCUUGAGGAUUGAUUGUGCAAGUCUGUAUCAAGAAAGCUGUCUGUGCUGCAGCACUUUGUGGACUUUGUGUUUACAUGAUGUUUGCCUGCUAACUAUUUUCCUUGUUACAUUGUCUUUGAAAUCUGUCAUUAAUCAUUGUCUGGGUGCUGGAUGUUAGUCUAUCUUAGUAUAAAGGCUAGGUGGAAACCACUAGCUUGGCUCUUUAAAUGAAGAAGAAAAACUAAUCCCUGAAGGCUUGUUAACAUGUUGUAUGAGUACACAAAAAGAAAUGUAAAAACAAUCAUUUCGUGAAUCAAUGUAGUGAAAGUUGUGAGUCAAGCUGCAGAGAGGUUCUGCAGCGUGUAAUGCUUGUUCUGUUCAUGUAUAGGUUAAACAAAGAAGAUACAUAAAUUAUAAACCUUUAGAGGCGUUCGGGGAUGUUUUAUUGACUUUGGAGAGAGAACCCGGCUAUUUGUUUCCCUCCAGUUUUUUUGCUAGGCUAGCAUAAAACUACAUCCAGCUUCGUAAGCAGUCGUGAAAUAUCCUCAUCUUAAAAAGAAAGACAACUUUCCACAUCGUUUGACUAUUUGAAUGUAAUUUAAUAGAUUUUUAAUUGAUUUAUUCAAUCUAUUUUAAUUUUGCUAGUAUAUGCUUACUGUUUGUACAAGUUACGUUUACAAGUGUAUGAGCCAAAUCUUCUGAUGCUGCUAAGUGUUUUUGGGUUGAGACUGGAUCUAGACAUGGGACAGUUUACUGUGUCACCUCUUUUCUACAGUUCUAUAGAUUUUCUUUAGUUAGACAUUGAUAACUAACAGCCAGUUCUUCAGGAGACCUCAGGGAUGCCAGGAGAAGAUUUGAAGAACGGCUGAAGAACAAUAACCCUCAACCAGAGUGUCCGUCCAUGUGCCACACUCGGAUAUACCAGGUCGGACGUUUGCCCUGCUUGAAACAAUCGACCAUCUUACUGUGAUCCUGUGAACUCAAAGAGUCACAGUGAGAGUUGUAAAAACACCAGCAGUGUGUUUUCAUGUCCCUGUGGACAGAUGAGCCUUCCCUUAACGUAUCACUCCACCCAGACAUUCAUCUUAUCAACCAGCCAGUAAACACAGUUUUCUGUGUUCAUGUUUGAUUAUUUGAACUUUGCACUUUGUUUUAACAGUUUUUUUUCUACAAUUUUCUGUCAUUUAAGCCUUUAACUAUGCUUGUGAAGCUGUUGUUCACACAAGUUUAGAAUUAUUUUGAUUAAUUAUGAUGAUGAAAGACUUGAAAUGUUGUUAAUAAAGUAUGUGUAGGAACACGUACACGUG